UUUGACAAUAAUAUAGCGAAAUCAAACUGACAUGGAUUUAGCUAUUAAUAAUAGUAGUUCUCGUGAGCUUCUUCAAGCUCAAGUCCAUGUUUGGAAUCACAUAUUGAAGUUCAUAAACUCCAUGGCACUAAAAUGUGCAAUUCAGUUAGGCAUCCCAGAUAUCAUUCACAACCAUGGCCAACCCAUUACCCUCUCCAACCUUAUUUCUAGACUCAAUGUCCACCCUUCUAAAUCUCGCUUCAUCUAUCGCCUCAUGCGCAUUUUAGUCCAAUCUGGAUUUUUUGUCAAACAUAACGACGUUCAUCAAGAAGUAGUCUAUUCCCUGACACCAUCUUCCGAGCUUCUCCUCAAUGACCAGCCUUUGAAAAUGACACCGUUCUUGCUUCUCCUACUCGACCCAAUGUUGAUUGCCCCGUUGCACUUGUUGGGCUCGUGGUUCCGAAAACACGGAUCCACCCCAUUUGAGAUGACAUAUGAUAUGUCGUUCUUCGAUUUGGGGGCUCAUGAACCAAGGUUUGGUAGCAUGUUUGACGAAGCAAUGGUUGCCGACUCGGAGCUUGUUUCGAGGGUGGUGAUUAAAGAGUGUCAAGGAGUGUUUGAGGGUUUGAAUUCAAUUGUUGAUGUCGGAGGUGGUAGAGGAACUAUGGCUUUUGCCAUUGCCAAUGCAUUUCCACACAUAAAAUGCACUGUAUUGGAUCUCCCACAUGUCAUUGAUAACUUGAAAGGGACCAACAACUUGGAUUUUGUUGUCGGAGACAUGUUUGAGAAAAUACCCCCAGCAAAUGCAAUUUUACUCAAGUGGAUUCUGCAUGACUGGAAUGAUGAAGAAAGCGUGAAGAUAUUGAAGAGGUGUAGAGAAGCAAUUUCGAUCAGCAAAAGUGACAGAGGAAAGGUUAUCAUUAUAGACAUCGUUGUAACCGUAGAUAACAAGGAGAUGAAUAACAGGGCAACUGAAACACAACUGUUAUGGGACAUGUUGAUGAUGGUGAAUCUCACUGGAAGAGAACGCACUGAAAAAGAGUGGGAGAAGCUGUUUGUGGCUGCAGGAUUCACUUACUAUAAGAUUUCACAUACACUGGGAGUUAGGUCUCUUAUUGAGGUUUACCUUUGAAAGUAUAUAACAAGGGGAUGAGUGAGCUAUGUGAAAUUUGCAUUCCAUUUUAUGUUAGUAGUACUUUCUAUUAAUAAGAAAAAUUUGGACACCUUUUGGAAUAAAAGCAACACUCUGGAUUAUGAGCUGGCCACAAGAAGUUGGAUGGGGUAUAGAAUAAAUUCAAAUUUAUUUAUGCAUGAUUAAUGUAAAGAAUGCUCUAUGGAUGAGAUGUAAAA